AUGGACAUGUUGCUAAGGGGGGUGUAUUGGAGUGCUGUACUUAGUGAAUGCAACCAGCAUUACUAUAAAGAAGAAGAUAUGCUCCCCUACGCCUUCGUACCCCUCCCACUAGGAUCCGUCAAAGCAAGCGGCUGGCUUCACGACCAGCUACAGCUCAUGGCGGAUGGGCUACCCGGUCACGAACAUGAUUUUUACCGGAUUGUCAAAGACAACCCGUGGCUAGGGGGUGACCAGGAAUACAGUGAUUUAAAUGAAGCCUUCACUUACUGGUUGAACGGUCUGGUUCCACUGGCGUACCUGACGGAUGAUGGGCGACUCAAGCAACAGGUCCUGGAUUCCGUUGACUAUAUCCUUUCACAUCAGCAGAGCGACGGCUGGCUGGGCCCAGAAACCGAACCUACCUCGCGCAAUUUCUGGGCGCGGUACCCUUUACUACUAGGGCUGGAGCAACUUGCAGAGGCGGAGGAGGGAACGGAUAUGGGGAUGCAGAUUCUAGACUCCAUGCACCGGUUCAUUGAUCUGACGGAUGAGAUGCUCUCGGACAACUAUACUGGCUAUGUGACGCAUCCUGACGACAAUUUCGACGACCAGUGGGGUCGUGCCCGCGCAGCAGAUAUGAUCGUUGCCCUACAGUGGCUCUACGAACAUGACCCUCGUGCGCAGGAGCAGAAACUGUUGAAAUGCAUGAAACUCUUUUAUGAAAGGGCCUUUAAUUGGACGGAGUGGUAUGAUAUGCCGUAUAUUCAACAGGACUUGGAUACUAUUUCGGACGACAUAACAGUGCCGAAUUUCGCCUUUGAGCACGGGGUCAAUGUCGGACAAGGGUUGAAGGCCGGGGCCGUCUUUGGACGUCUGACGCGCGACAAGCAGCUGUCGACCAGUGCAUUAACAGCGAUCGACUUGACGUUUACCUACCACGGGACGCCUUCUGGAGUCAUAAUCGGUGACGAGCGCUUGUCCGGGCUGAGUCCUGUGCGCGGGGUGGAACUGUGCACUGUGGUCGAAACGAUGUUCUCGCUCAGCUAUAUCUACCAUACCCUGGGAGAGAACUCCGUGGCAGAUCGUUGUGAACUGGCUGCCUAUAAUGCUCUGCCCGUGAUGACCUUGCCGGACUGGUGGGCGCACCAGUAUGUGGCGCAAACCAACCAGCCCACCUCCAAGAAUCUAUCAGCAGCGCCAUUCUGGAGCGUAGGCACUGACGGCCAAAUGUACGGACUGGAACCGAAUUAUCCUUGCUGCACUGUAAACCACCCCCAGGGGUAUCCCAAGUUUGUUUCAGCUUCGUUUGUUCGAGAUGGCGACAAUGGGAUUGCUCAUGCACUACUUGGCCCGACAUCCGUCGACACCACUAUGAAUGCUGGAGUUUCAGUACACAUUUCAUGUGACACGAAAUAUCCCUUUGCCCACGAACUGUUAUACAAUGUACAAGCCGGUGGAUCAUUUGAGUUCUCCAUCCGGGUCCCGAAAUGGUCCACGCAGACGGAGAUCUCUGUAAACGGGAAUCCGCUGCAUAGUAUCAGCCCGGACGCAUAUACAGGAAUGCAGAGGAUCUCACUAGAAGGCGGAGAAUCUCAGAUUCAUGUGAGUCUGUCUGCCGAAAUCAAGGUAGAACCUCGUGCCAAUGACACCGUAUCUAUGUACCAUGGCGCUCUCCUGUACGCGGCUCCGAUCCUGUACGAUCUCACAUCCUCCCAAGUUCCAGGAUAUGAAGACGCACCUCCCCAGGUCUUGAACCACGAAAUGUCGCCGACGACCUCGUGGGCGUAUGCAAUUGAUCCACGCACAGCACGCUUUCAAGGGUUGGACGAAUCUUCCUCCCUCCCUAAUCCGCUAUGGACCGACGGCGCGCCGACAAGUAUUACCGUCCGGGCGUGUGAGAUUGACUGGGUGUUCGUAGAUGGGUAUGCACCCAAUCCGCCGCCAAAAGAGCAUCGUACCUGCCUAGGAGAUCCCUUUGACCUUGACCUUGUUCCGUAUGGUAGCGCUAAGUUACACAUGGCCGAGUUGCCGGUAGUGAGCUUGUGA